AUGAAUAAUAAUGCUAAUCAAGCCUAUUAUCCAUUUGUUUAUCCAGCACGAAGUAUCACAAGCCAAACAACAACAACAACAACAACAACAACAACAAGCACUGCUCCUACUACCAUUGAUUACUCAAAAUAUUUUCCGCCUCAUUUUCGACCACCAUAUGGUGGACCACCACCUUAUUAUUAUGGACCACCUUAUGCGGUACCAUCACCUUAUUAUUAUUAUAGACCACCAUAUGGUGGUAGCGGUCCCGGACAAUUUCCACCACCAUAUCCUUAUUAUAAUGUCGAUGUUGGUCGUACACCACCACCACCACCAUCACCACCACCACCACCAACGCCACCACCAACACCACCACAUCGCAUUGGUGAAGGAGGAUAUUUAACAUUUAUUCUUGGUUAUGGUUAUGGUGAUAUAUAUUUACCGCUUACUGAUCCUAGAGGUGGUAGACGUGGCAGUCGACGACGUGGUGGUCGUAGACGAAAUGGUAGUCGUAGACGUAACGGUAGUAGUAGACAAUUUGGAAAUAAUGACUAUGAUAUAUUUACCGAAAUUCCAAUGGAGGAUACUUUUAUUUGGACCUCUUAUGCUAUUAUCUGA